UUACGAAUGAUGUAGGUGGCUCUCUCUCCCCACCCUCGGCACAGCAGCUGAUGCUGAUGCGAGUACACUCAUUCUGACUCGCACAUCCUGAGCGGAGAUACUGUCACCCGCUCCUCCUUUAUUCUCUUCAUUGAACUUUGAGCAGCGCGUUCAUACUGUAGUCAGCGGCGUUUCGUCUCGUUAUUCUAAAUGAAGAUAUGACAAGAGCAACCUCUCACGAAAGGAACUCAUUACAAUGAUGGUGAUCAAUGGAGGAGACGUGCGCGGACACUAGAUCAGUUUGAUCUUUGCAGGACACAUCCCAGAGGUUUUGAGUCUUAAGAGGAAGCGAAAACCGUGUCCAUUCCCUAUCCAGCUCAAACAGUGUCAAACGGGAACCGACGGGGUUUUGAAAGCAGGUCGUAGACUACUUCAGAGCAAAGAGAGGUGGAUGAAGACUAUUUUAUUUAGAGAUACAUGCCAAUACGCGAGCAGCGGAUGAGAGAAACCUGUAUUACAAGAGCUACUGAAGAUCGCCGAAAGUCCAUCCUUACCAAAAGGGGAAAUUCAACUGACGGUGCGCUGCAUUGAAUUUGGAAGUUUGGUCAGCGGGAUAACAGCACAUUACCGGGUCUCCUCAAACUGAAAAGCUAGUUGUCUGGCUGGAAACCUACUCGCCUUGGACGCGCUGGGGAAAUAGAUCCCCGUCAUGAGCGACUAACACCAUCGACAAACAACAACACACACCGGCGGGUAAACCGCACUGAUCCCUGCGUGUAACCACCUGUUUCCAGCGCAGACCAACCGGUGGUGUGAAGAAUUGUUGCAGAAACAGAUCGACCCCACCAUGCCUUUGUCCUUCAGUUCAUCCCACCUUUUCCCCUUCUCCUUCAUUCCCUUGAUCCUUCUCCUGUCUUUCUCCAUCCCUUCUCAAGCUGACUCCCAAGAUGUAGCCCAAUCUACCUCCAACUGUUCCCAGACUGAUGUGUGUGCAGACGGGGUUCUUUUACCAGUGUGGAAUCCUCUAAAUCCCUCAGUUGGUGACAAAGUGGCUCGUGCCAUUGUGUACCUAGUGGCACUAGUCUACAUGUUCUUAGGUAUGUCAAUAAUUGCUGACCGCUUUAUGACUGCCAUCGAAGUUAUAACUUCUCAAGAAAAGGAGAUCACUACAAAAAGACCCAAUGGUGAAACGGUCACCACAACAGUUCGCAUAUGGAAUGAGACCGUCUCCAAUCUGACCCUCAUGGCUCUGGGUUCAUCAGCCCCUGAGAUUUUGCUUUCGGUCAUUGAGGUCUGUGGGCAUAAUUUUGAGGCUGGUUCUCUUGGUCCCAGCACCAUCGUGGGUAGUGCUGCCUUCAACUUGUUCGUGAUCAUUGGCAUCUGCGUUUAUGUGGUACCUGAUGGUGAAAGGCGGAAGGUCAAACAUCUUCGGGUGUUUUUCGUGACUGCGGCGUGGAGCAUGUUUGCCUACAUCUGGCUCUAUCUUAUCAUCUCUGUAGUCUCACCUGGUGAGGUGGAAGUGUGGGAAGCGGUGUUGACAUUCCUCUUCUUCCCUCUCUGCGUGGUCCAGGCCUGGAUCGCUGAUCGGCGUUUGCUCUUUUACAAGUAUGCCCGCAAACGCUACCGAACCGAAAAGGGCAGAGGAAUUAUUGUGUCCGAGGGCGGGGAGGAGGUUGGCAAGGAUGCAGGAUUCACAAAGAUGGACAUGCUUGAAAUCGAUGGAAUUACAACACAUCUGGACGGAGUGUUGGGAGGGGAAAGUGGGCUUGGAGGACGUGAUCAAGAGGAUGAGGCCAGGAGAGACAUGGCCAGAACUCUAAAGGAACUGAAACAAAGGCAUCCUGACAAAGACAUGGAGCAGCUCAUAGAGAUGGCUAACUAUCAGGUUCUGAUACAGCAACAGAAGAGCAGAGCUUUCUACCGCAUUCAAGCAACAAGGAUGAUGAUUGGUGCUGGGAACAUUUUGAAGAAACACGCAGCAGAUCAGGCCCGUAAAGUGGUCAGCAGUGGGGAACCUCGAGAGCAGGAGUACGACCCUCAUGUUACAAAAAUAGACUUUGAACCUGCCCUCUACCAGUGCUUUGAAAACUGUGGAUCCUUAAAACUUACUGUGCAAAGGCAUGGAGGAGAUGCCGGGUGUACUGUUAAGGUGGAUUAUCGCACAGAAGAUGGCACAGCCAAUGCCGGUUCUGACUAUGAAUUUGCUGAGGGCACACUCGUCUUCAAACCUGGCGAGAACCUUAAAGAGCUCACCGUCGGCAUAAUUGAUGAUGACAUCUUUGAGGAAGAUGAAUACUUUUAUGUCCGCCUGAGCAAUCCCCGUAUAAUUGGGUGGGCAGAUGGACAUCCUAUUGCUUUGGAGACCGGAGCACCUGCCCCUACCGUAGCCCUUGGUGAGGCCCACACGGCGACCGUCACAAUCUACGAUGACGACCACGCAGGAAUUUUUACCUUUGAGAGCGAAUCGAUGCGAGUUAGCGAAAGCAUUGGCAUCAUGCAGGUGAAGGUCCAGAGGACAUCAGGAGCACGUGGUCUGGUGGCGGUACCGUACCAUACAGUGGAUGGGACAGCUUGCGGAGGGGAGGACUUUGAGGAAGUGUCUGGAAAACUGGAGUUCCAGAACGACGAGACAAUGAAAACAAUUGAAGUGAAGAUUAUAGAUGAUGAAGAGUAUGAAAAGAACAAGACCUUCUGCAUUGAGUUAGGAGAGCCAGUGCUACUCGAGAUUGGACAAAAACAUGGGGACUCUAAUGAAAAUAAACCAGAGAUUGGGGCAGAGGAAGAGGAAGUAGCUAAAAUGGGAUGUCCUAGUCUGGGAGAACAUACCAGAUUGGAGGUGGUGAUUGAAGAGUCCUAUGAGUUUAAGAAUACGGUGGAUAAACUGAUUAAGAAGACUAACCUGGCUCUGGUAGUCGGCAGCAGUAGCUGGAGAGAGCAGUUUGUUAGUGCUGUUACUGUAAGCGCAGGUGAUGACAAUGAGGAGGAGAGUGGUGAAGAGCGUCUUCCAUCCUGCUUUGAUUAUAUCAUGCACUUCCUCACAGUCUUCUGGAAGGUUCUGUUUGCGUUCGUCCCGCCUACAGAGUACUGGAACGGAUGGGCGUGCUUCAUUGUGUCCAUCUUUCUGAUUGGUGUGUUGACGGCAGUCACAGGAGAUCUCGCUUCCCACUUUGGGUGCACUAUUGGUCUGAAGGAUUCAGUCACCGCCGUGGUCUUUGUAGCCUUGGGGACAUCUGUCCCAGACACUUUUGCCAGUAAGGUUGCUGCCAUCCAAGACCAGUAUGCUGAUGCCUCCAUUGGUAAUGUGACGGGCAGCAAUGCUGUCAAUGUUUUCCUGGGCAUCGGUGUGGCGUGGACCAUAGCUGCUGUAUACUGGCGUACCAAAGGCAAAUCUUUCCAAGUCGAGCCGGGCUCUCUGGCCUUCUCUGUCACACUCUUCACUGCUAUGGCUGUGGUGGUUGUCAGCGUGCUGUUGUAUCGUCGGCGCCCCUCAGUGGCUGGAGGAGAGCUCGGCGGUCCACGGACUUGCAAGAUAUUGACGUCCUUACUUUUCAUUUCCCUCUGGCUGAUGUACAUCCUGUUGUCCUCACUGGAAACAUACUGCCACAUCCCUGGAUUCUGAGGCAGCAAGGCCUCAUAUUAUUUAAGCUUUGAAAGGAAUAUGAAAAUGGCCAGUGAAGGAGCAUUUUUUUUUUUUUUGUAUUUAUUAGAUAUUUAUCUUAACUUUUAUUAAGUCUGAUAAGUCAGUUUUUGUAAUUUUCCAUUUUCUUUCUUAAAGGGAUAGCUCACCCAAAAUAAAAAAAUUGUCAUCAUUCACAGCUUUCCAUAGAAUACAAAAUGUGGUUUAUUUUUAUUUAUUUACUUUUUUUUUUUUUUUUUUGAAAGAUAUUUACCUUUUUUGGGAGCGAUAUGAAGGUACAUAAAUAACAGUUUUGUCUUUUUUUUUUUGGAUAAACUGUUCCUUUAAAUUAGUUUGAAUGCAGUAUCUUACACAUCAUUCCUUGUUCCCUUGCCUUACACUUGUAUCCGUCUCUCAGUGCUGUCUUAACUUUUUCCAAACCUGUAACCACUGACUCAUUUUUUUGUACCCCUAUUUGAGCCAAUCCGAGCUUUCGGUUACUGAAUGAAGGGGUUUACUUUUUUGGACUUUUUUUUGAGUGUCAGUAUUACUCUCAUGUAAAUGUAAUGAUAAUAUUUUAAAAGACAUUUAAAUGAACAGAAUGAUCAAAAAUGAACUUUCAGUUAUUAAGAGCAGACUGAACAAGCAGAAUGGACUUACUAUUGCUUGUGUAAGAAGAAAAGCAUGUUUCAGGACUAAAUACUAAAUAAGAAUCGGACAGAAAAGCAUGUCGAGUUAAUAACUAAUCAUAAAUGAAGGCUGACAUUAUUGGGAAGUCAAAUAGCAAAAAAGGAAUGAAACUCAAAAAAGUGUGGAAAAUGGACUGGAAUAAUCCCACAGAGGACGGAAGAGCAAUCGGAAAAUAUUGACAGUGACGGUGCUGAAUAUAAUUCAAAACAAUUCUAAUUUAAAUAUGUAUAUAAUGUGUCUGUGUGAGUGUGAGAGAGAGAGAGAGAGAGAGAGAGAGAGAGAGAGAGAGAGAACACCCAACCAAGAAUAAACAGCUCAGCUGAUGUUCUCUUGAAAUAACAAACCAAGUAAUUGAUGUAAUUAGCUGUCUGUAUCUAUCUGUAUUUGUCUUAUCCCAUGAUGGUCACACUCCUUGACAUCAAAUGUUCCAUAGGAAACACUAGCCGGUUAACAUGAUGUGACAUUUGACAUGGUGACAAAUGCUCUUAUUGACUGUGUACAACACUGUAUCCCUUUGUUCACAAAAAAAUUACAAUUCUGAGCAUUUACUCACCCUCUUGUCAUUCCAAACCCAUAUGAUCUGUGGAAAAUAAAUGUGAACAUAAAAAUAGAUGUUUAGCAGAAUGUUCAUGCUGCUCUUUUCUGAACAACAAAAGCUGACAUUGACCUAUACAUAAAAGUUUUGUAAAUACAGAAAAUUUAGUAAGUAUAGUAUAUACUUAUAAGUAUACUAUUUCACUAAAUUAGCCCACUUUUCAGUUUAUAAAGUAUACUGUUAAGUAUACAAAACUAUUUCACAUCUAAAUUUUUCUUUUUUAUUUCAACUAUACUACAAGUGAAGUCAUUUUAUACAGUUAGUUUACUAGCUAUAAACUUCUAGCCCAAAUGUUAAGUUUUAUUUUAUUUUUUUUUUUAUUUUUUUAAAUGAGUACUGCAAGUAUACUUGUUUUCUUCAAGUGAACUUAACAUCAUACUUAGGUAUACUUAAAGGGAUAGUUCACCUUAAAAUGAAAAUUUUGUCAUAUACUUACCCUCAAGUUAUUCUAAACCUGUAUGAAUUUAUUUCUUCUGCUGAACACAAAAGAAGAUAUUUUGAAGAAUGUGAGUAAGCAAACAGUUGAUGGACCCCACUGACUUCCAUGUUAUGGAAAAAAUACUAUGGAAGUCAAAGGGGAUCAUCAACUGUUUGGUUACUGACAUGAGUAAAUGUUGACAGAAUUUUCAUUUUUGGUUGAACUAUCCCUUUAAGUAUACAUCAGUAUACAUAAAAAGUAUGUGACUGAAAUGAGUAUACUUUUUUUUGUUUUGUUUUUUUUGUUAAAAAAGUAUGUAAAAUGCACACUUGAAUAAAUUUUUUUUUAUAAGGGCAGGUGCUGUCAAGAUCCAAAAAGGACUAAAAUGCACCAUAAAAGCACUACAAAAGUAGUCCAUAUAAGUCAUAAGAGUAAAUACACAUGAAACCAUUUGGUGGAAGGGGACAUUUUCAGUCUGUUCCUCACCUAGUCUUAGUGUGCCUUCGGAAUUAAUGGAAUAUAGCACACAAGUCACCAUAUCUACUUUUAUAGUGCUUUUUUAUGAUUUCUGGAUUUAAAAUAUGGGUUUAGAAUGAAAUGAGGGUGCAUGAGAAAUGAAUAUACGUACUUGCAACAAACGCAAGUACUUUUAUUUAUCAGUAUUGGUUGUUUUAUUAUGUCUGUCACAGUGAAUUUUCAGUUGUCACUGUUUCAGUGUUCACUGUCUAUCUGUUUCUGACUGCUGUGUAAUUAUUCUGUGAGACAUUUAGGGAGAUGGUCGGAGGGUGGGAGACAUCGGCUUUGGCACGCUGAAUGAUGGAGAGCACAGAAAAAGAAUGAAUGAGACCGAUUUAGCAGUAGCGUAGAUAUUUAGCUCUCACAAGUAGCUUCUAUCCUCAGACUAGUACAGUAUUAGGAGUGAGAGAAUGUGCACCCAGAGUAUUUUUAGUAUUAUCUUGUUGCUAGGCGACCCGCCCAGAGAGUCAUUGUCUUGUCUGGGCCCAGUGACGAAUCUGUGUGUGUGUGUGUGUGUGUGUGGGUGUUGCUGUAUAUGUGUAACACCAUCUCAUUUAAGUCUAUUUAAGGCUUAAAUCAAUGAAUAAACCAACUUAACUUCUUAUAGUAACCUAAGUUUAGACGGGGUUUCAACUGAACUAAAAAGAUUUUGCUUUUUAUAAUGUGGUUACUGAAAAGAUAAUCAUAUUGAUAUCAGUUAUGUUCGUGUAAUUGAUUUGAUUGAAUUGAUGAUCAUUAAUCAUCAUGCCAGCCCAUGCGGUCACAAAAGGAUCAACUAUCAUCAGUAAUGAAUCCCACAUCAGACUGACAUACAGCCGAAGAGUGCACAUAAUCGCUUUAUAGGAUCACCGUUUUCUCUCUCUCUGCCAGGUUACUCUUGAAGCGCAAAUGAAUUGAAGUGCAAUCCCAAAUGUCACACUGAAAAACAGUCAUUGUAAUUGGAUUAAGCAGCUUGGCCAGAGAGAAGAGAAAGAGAGAGAUGGGGAAUGUAAACACUUCCCCAACUACACAAUCACACACAUACCUGAUGAAAUUGCAUGUAAAGAUUAUUGUGUGUUUAUAGCAUUUUAACUCUGCAAGAGAGAGUGUGUAUUUGUGUCUUAAUCAGUUUUGUGAUGCAGAUGUUUCAGUGCAUGUUUAAGUGUCAAACACGUGCAAAACAGGCUAUUUAAUACUAUUCAAUAACUAUGGUAUUUGACCCUUAAAAACUUAGGAAUGUCAUUACAUUAAAUACGAUUUCAAACAGUGACAAUUGCAUACAAAUGAUGCUAGAGCUUUUCUAACAUGUUCAUGUUUCAUAAGCGGUAUUUCUAUUGUUUUAUGAAGUAAAGUCAUGUUUCUUUUUUUUUUAAUGUUGACCUUGUGAUUUCAUCGCGUCCUACGUUUUUCUUUUUCGAUAAACCGUUUCAUUCAGAUUUAUGUCACAAUACAGAAAAAAGAUCUGUCGCUACUUCUGUUACAUCGCCACUUUUGAUAUUUGUUAGCUAAUGCAAUGACAUUCAUACAUUUCCAAGUGUGUCCUGAGUGUUCAAAUAUUUAGCAGGGAGACAAAAACACUAAAGCUGCAAAUCAAGAUACACAGAUAAGUGUAUGGUUCCUGUUUCUGACCCAUUCUGCUAACUGCCUUUGUGUUACAGAAUAAGAAACAAGGCAAUGCUAAAAUGUAUUUAUAUUUCUUGAAUUUGUGUGUAUGCUUGGACUUCUGUGCAUAGUGCUGGUACAGCAUCGACGUUCAUGUGUACAGAAGAUACACUAACAGAAGAGGUUAAUAUGAUAAGCUAACAGUUCCUAUGAAGUGCCCUGAGGAAGCAGCCACCAUGUCAUCCUGUAUCAUUGUGCGUGUUGCCCUUGGCUGGACUCUGUUCUGUGUUGUCUGGUCUUUGCGUGAUGCAUCUCUGAUCUUUCUGUUCAUUAGUCUUUUUGAUUAUUCCUUCAUUAAUUGUUUAAUUGAUUUCAUUGUUAAUAUCUCAGUCUUUGUUUCUCAUAAUGAGUGAAUCACCAAGUGCUUUUCUUUUCCUUUUAUAUGGCAGAUUUGAGUUGGAUUCUUCCUAUUUGAAUUUUUUCCCCAUGUCUCAUAAUUUGAUGCAUGAAACAUUUUCUUGCCCUUGUUAAGUGUUUUAGAAAUUGUUGUCCUGAAAUCUUUUUUUAAAAUGUCUUUUAUUAAAAAAAUCUGAAUUAAACACUACAUAUUGAAUCA